AUGAAGGUCUCGUCGAUCCUCCUUGCCCUGACUGCCGGCACUGUCGCCUACGCCCAGUCUUCGGGUGCAGCUCCGUCCUCUGGCGCCCCCGCCUCGUCGGCUCCUGCGUCUUCGGCCCCUGCUUCGUCGUCGGCCCCUGCCUCGUCGUCGUCGGCUCCUGCCUCGUCGUCGGCCCCUGCCUCAUCGUCGGCCGUCUCGUCGGCUGCUUCGUCGGCUGCUUCGUCUGCCGCCUCUUCUGGCGCUUCCUCGGCUGCCUCGUCGGUUGCCUCGUCUGCCCCUGCCACAACCUCUAAGCCCGCCACUACUGGCGGUGCUGGAGGUGCCGGCGGCGCUGGCGGUGCUGGCGGCAACGGCACCACGCCCACUACCACGACUGGCGGCGGUUCUGGCGGCGCCGGUGGUGCUGGUGGCGGCCACGGCGGCGGCAACGGCACCUCGCCCACCACCACUGGUUCGGGCGGCGGCGGCAGCGGCGGCAACGGCGGCGCCGGUGGCGGCGGUAUCACCCAUGUCCCCACGGCUGGUGCCUCGGCCAACCAGGUCGGCUCCCUCCUGGUUGUUGUCGGCGCCGCUGCUGUUUACUACUUGUAA